AUUUCAGCCUCUGCUCUGAGAACUCAUCCUGAGCAGCCCCAAACAGGCUAUAACUUCUCUACAACUGAGAUAUGAUCAUCUUAAUUUACUUAUUUGUCUUGCUGUGGGAAGAGGCUCACGGAUGGGGAUUCAAGAACGGAAUUUUUCAUAACUCCAUAUGGCUUGAACAAGCAGCAGGUGUGUACCACAGAGAAGCGAGGUCUGGCAAAUACAAGCUCACCUACGCAGAAGCCAAGGCAGUGUGUGAAUAUGAAGGUGGCCGUCUCGCCACCUACAAGCAACUAGAGGCAGCCAGAAAAAUUGGAUUUCAUGUCUGUGCUGCUGGGUGGAUGGCCAAGGGCAGAGUUGGAUAUCCCAUUGUGAAACCCGGGCCCAACUGUGGAUUUGGAAAAACUGGCAUUAUUGAUUAUGGAGUCCGUCUUAAUAGGAGUGAAAGAUGGGAUGCCUAUUGCUACAACCCACAUGCAAAAGAGUGUGGUGGUGUCUUUACAGAUCCAAAGCGAAUUUUUAAAUCUCCAGGCUUCCCAAAUGAGUAUGAUGAUAACCAGAUCUGCUACUGGCACAUUAGACUCAAGUAUGGUCAGCGUAUUCACCUGAGCUUUUUGGACUUUGACCUUGAAGAUGACCCAGCUUGCUUGGCUGACUAUGUUGAAAUAUAUGACAGUUACGAUGAUGUCCAUGGCUUUGUGGGAAGAUACUGUGGAGAUGAGCUUCCAGAAGACAUCAUUAGUACAGGAAAUGUCAUGACCUUGAAGUUUCUAAGUGACGCUUCAGUGACAGCGGGAGGUUUCCAAAUCAAGUAUGCUGCUGUGGAUCCUCUAUCCAAAUCCAGUCAAGGAAAAAACACAAGUGCUGCUUCUACUGGAAAUAAAAACUUUUUAGCUGGGAGAUUUAGCCAUUUAUAAAACAAAUAAGGACACUCAAGUGUUGAUGUUUGUAUCUUUUGGAACCCCUUUGAUCUCACUUUUAUAUUAUUAGUGGUAGCAUUUAUUUAUUAUUUUUCUAAAUGUGAAAGGCAAUAACUGAUAAUUUGGGGAAAAUUGGAAAAUACAGAAAUUUUAAAUGAAAACAUAAAAUAUCUUAUAAUCCCACUGCAUAAAAAUAAUAAAUAUUAACAUUUGUAUAUUUUUCUUUUAGUUAUUUUUCAAUUUGUGGUAUAUGUAUAUAUGUAUCUAUAUGUAUUUGUAUUUGUAUUUGAAAUUUUGGAAUCCUGCUCCAUGUACAGUUUUAAUAUUUUGGUUUUUUUAAACUUGAACUUUAUGGCUUAAGCAUUUUCCCAUAUCGUUGAUUAUUCUGCAAUAACAUAAUUUUGAACAGCUGUAAAAUAAUCUGUGGUAUGAUUAUUCCAUACUUUAUUUAAGCCUAUCUGCUUUGUGGGAAUUUUAAGUUGCUUUCAUAAAUAUUGCUGCAAUAAAUAUCAUUGAACAUGUGUAUUUAUAUAGCUCUCUAAUUAUUGGGGAUAAGGUCCUAGAAGUAGAAUUACUGGCUCAGAUAUUAAUUAA